AAAUACAUCACAAGAGGCGUGGAAUCAAUACAAAAUAGUUAUCGACGACUCGCGACUGAUUGACUUAUUUGUUGGUCAGUUCUCAUCAGUGAUUAAGUGUACGGAAUGUAAUAACACCAGUAGUUGUUGGGAUCCAUUCUGGGAUCUGUCACUACCGCUGCCCAGAGACAGAAGUCGAUGUGAUAUCGAGAGAUGUGUUGAAGAAUUUACUGCUCAAGAAGUUCUCGAUGACGACGAACAGCCGUUCUGUUCGCGCUGUAAACGCCAUCGACGGUCAACAAAGAGAUUUGAAAAAAUUUGCAAACGACGGCUUUAAGCUCUCGAGUCAAGACAUUAGUGUAAACGGAAAUAUAACGAUCGACGGCAAGACAUACAAUCUGUACGCGUGUGUCUGCCAUCACGGAUACUCAUCACGUAGUGGUCAUUACACCGCUUACUGUCAAUACGAUAGCAAAUGGUUUCAUUUCAAUGACGAAAGAGUGAAGGACGUGACCGACAGUUUCAAUGCCUCCCAACUAAAGGACGCAUACGUUCUCUUCUACCGUCAAUCCAAUGAUUCGCUUAACUACUCCUCAAGACUUUAAGCACUGGUCACACAAUACACACACAAAACCUCUCAUGAUAUCAAAUACUAAAUACUAAUAUAAUAAUUAAAUGAUGACAUAAUUUACAACAAUUGCAACGAAUACUAAUAAAAGUAAUGUUUUAAAGUGACUUCAAUUUUACAGACGUUCCACA